CGUUAUUGACGGUGCCGCAGAAAGCCUCGUUGCGCUUCUCCGCAACAGAGCCCAGGAAGGAAAACCAGACAAAGGAAACGAAAAAGAUGUCUGAAACUAAGAGCACGAUGCAAUCUCUCAGGGAAUGGGUCGUAGAGCAUAAGCUUCGAACUGUUGGGUGCCUUUGGCUUAGCGGUAUAACGGGUUCGAUCGCUUACAAUUGGUCUCGACCCAACAUGAAAACCAGCGUUAAGAUCAUUCACGCUAGGCUGCAUGCUCAGGCUCUUACAUUGGCUGCUUUAGCUGGUGCUGCAGCUGUUGAAUACUAUGACCACAAGUCAGGGGCCAAGGCAGACCGUUAUGCAAAAUUCCUCCCCUUGGACCCAAAUCCGCACAAAGAGUGAAUUUAACACUUGAUGAUGAACAUGCGUCAUGCUAGCACAAAAAGACAAAACCUCUUGAAAUUUCACAUUCUAUUGCAGUUUUUAAAAUUGUCAUAUUGUUACUACAUGUGAUGUUUGAUUUAUUUGACUUGUGACAUUUUCAGCCUUUAUUUUAGUCGACCCAGCUGUUUGCUAUUAGUUCUCACUGUGGAUAAAAGAUAGGUAAAUAAACCGAGUACUAUUGUCACCCAGCUGUUUGAUUGAAUAUGAUCUGUAACCUGAGCAACUUGAGUACCAUCGUGCUCAGCUGUCUGAUUCAAUUCAAGAAAAAAUAGUGAUAUGUAACUUUGCUUAGGAUUGAA